GCCCGACGUUAGCCUCUCUGACUCUGUAAGGUUUAGCAUCACUGAGGAACGGAAAGCAACAGGAAACAGGGACAAUAACAUCAACAACACACUCUCUAAGUUGAGAAGUUUAUCAGGAAAACAUGGCUGACACAGAUCCAGUUUGUUUAGCUUCACUGAUUUACUUCAUGGGUGAGAAGUUCUACAGGCAAUCCAUACACACAGCCGAGUACUACCUGAAGAUGUACAGCAAGGAUCCUGUUCUGCUGUUUUUUAAAGGCUUUGGGAUACUAAUGGAAGGUCGAACCCAGGAGGCCAUGAGAGAGCUGGAGCAGGUGAAGGACAAGCCGACUGUGGCCAUAUGUUCCAGCAUGGCUCUUAUCUGUGCACACAAGCAAAGUGACAUGAUUGAUCACCAGGCUGUGGCAGCCCUGGAGACCCACGUGAGGAAUAUCCGUAAGACGGCGGGAGAGAAGCCUCUGUUCUAUGGAGCCCUGUUCCUGUGGCUCUUGGGCCACGUUGACAAGGCCAAAGACUACAUUGACAAGAUACUGAAGAUAUCCAAGUCCUCAAAAGAGGGGUCCAUCCUGAAGGGCUGGGUAGAUAUGAACUCAGAGGAUGAGUUUCAGAGGAACAACGCUAUCUGCUACCUGGACGGAGGAGGGCAGCACUCCAGGGAUGUGUUCGGCAUGAUGGGAAAGGCCAAGUACUUUAUGAACCAGCAUGACUUCACUGGAUCCCAGCAGGUGGUGAAUCAGAUAGUGACCUCCCACUCAGACUUCCUCCCUGGUCUGAUGCUGAAGAUGAAGCUGUUCCUGGCUCUACAGGACUGGGAGCAGGCCCUGGAUACAGCUGCUAGGAUUUUACAACAAGAUGGGCGGAAUCUGAAUGCUAUCCAAGUUCUCGCCAUCCAUACCAUUGUGAGGGAUGGGGAUCUGGUCAAGGCCAAGGAACAUCUGCAGGCCCUGGUUAGUGCAGCAGAGGUCUCAGAGCCAUGCUCUCCCGGUCUCCACGUCAGUCUCACCCAGCCCAUCAGCAGACUGUGUGGAGGCAACCCAGAGAUCCUUCAGCUGCUGACUCCAUUUACAGAGAGGGCGUACUCUAAAGCCCCUGGGAAUGCUGAUGUGGCCAAUGAGAUGGGUUACCUUCUGUCCCUACAGAAGAAGACUAAGGAGGCCACCAGGUGGUACUCUACUGCUCUCGACAUUGACACCAGCAGUGUCCCAGCCCUGGCAGGACUGAUCCGCUGCCAGCUGAUGGACGGCCAGCUACAGGAAGCAGCCAAUCAGCUGGAGUUCCUCAGAGAGAUCCACCAGUCCAUUGGCCAGUCAGCGGAGCUGGUCCUUCUGCAGGCUCUCCUGGUCCACAAGAGAGGGGCGGGGCUAGCGGUGAUGUCACCCUUACUGAAGGAGGCCACCGACCUUCACUUCCUGGAUCUGCGAGGGCGACCAAUGGGACCAGACUACUUCCACAGGCUCCACCCCGACUUUAUUUUCCAAGUGGUCAACCUCUACCUUUCCUUCUUCCAGGAGAAGCCCCUGACGGCAGGUCAGCCCGUCCCCUUUGGCCUGAGUCACUCUGGAAUGGUCCUGCAGCCUGUGGUCAAGAUGGCCCCCGGACUGCUGCCUGGAGCCUACCACAUGGCCCAUGUCAAGUUCCUUUCAGGUGACAGCCAGUCAGCUCAGCAGUUCCUGGAUUUCUGUCUGGAGAGAGACCCGACCAUCGCUGAGGUCCACCUGCUGCAGGCCAGGAUACACCUCCAUGAGGGAGACUACAACCUCUGCUUUCAGUGUUUGGAGACCGGAGUCAGCCACAACUUCCAGGUGCUAGAUUUCCCCCAGUACCACCAACUCAAAGCCCGUGCAUUGCGGGGUGUUGGAGAGCUGGAGGAGGCUAUCAAGUCCCUGAAGGUGGCGAUGGGGAUCCAAGCAGUGAGUGGGAGAGAGGCCCACGUCAGCAACAGUGAACGUGUGUCUGUGUUCCUGGAGCUGGCUGAGGCACUGAGACUACACGGAGAACCGGAUGAGUCGACCAUGGUGCUGCAGGACGCUAUCGUGGCGUUCGCUGGUACCCCAGAGGAGAUCUGUGUGACAAUAGCUAACGUGGAUAUGGCCUUGGCUAAAGAUGACCUGGACACAGCCCUCAGCGUCCUCAGAGGCAUCACACCGGACCAGACGCACUACGCAGCGGCCAAGGAGAAGAUGGCCCUCAUAUACCUGCAGAAACGCAAAGACAAGAAGCUGUACAUAGCCUGCUAUAGGGAGAUCAGGGACGAACUACCCGGGCCUCAGUCCUCUAUCCUUCUGGGGGACGCCUACAUCAAUGUACAAGAGCCAGAGAGAGCUAUUGAGGUGUAUCAAGAGGCAAUGAGCUGGACGGUUCGGGAUGCAACCCUGUGGAGAAAGAUGGGCCGAGCCUAUGUGAAGAGCCAUCAGUACAACCAGGCUGUCCGUCACUAUGAGAGCGCAGUGAAGCUGGGCGGUCAUGACUCUCUGGUGGUGGACCUGGUAGAGCUGCUACUGAAGCUGCGUCACUAUGGCAAGGCCCAGAGGACUCUGAUGACCGCUCUGCACUGUGAUGAUGGUACACUGACCGUCUCCAGCCUGAGGAGCAACGUACAGUACUUUCUGCUGCUAGCCAGAGCACACUAUGCUGACCAGGGAUCAGUCCAGGACACACUAGAGAAGGCCCACAGUGUCCAGGUGAGUGUCCUGAAGCGGUGUCAGACAGAGCGCCCAGAGCUGCUGGAGCAGGAGAGAACCGUGCUGUGUUCCAUCUGUUGUCAGCUGGCCAGACACUACCGUAGCAGGACCGCUGUAGACAGGACCAAGUAUUACUACAACCAGGCUAUAGUAGCCAUCGGGAGAACAGACAAGAUCCGUCUGGAGUUAGCCCAGUUUUACCUGGAGAAUGGGAAGACGGACGAAGCCCUGAUGCAGGUUGAAGAGGUGCUGGCGAAGGAUGCCCUCCACCCUGACGCCACAAUGGUGUACGGAGAUAUCAAGUUGAAGGAGGAGAAGUUUGAUGAGUCUGUGGAGAUAUUCCUUGGACUGAUGGACAGAUGCCCAGAUAACUACGUGUUCCUGGCCAAGUGCAUCCAGGUGCUGAGACGGUCAGCCAGAUUGGAUGACGCCCUGGCUCUGUUUCAAGCCUGUGAGCACCACAACCACGGAGCUACCACUGAGCCUGGAUACAACUACUGUAAAGGACUUUACUACUGGCAUGUGUACAGGGUGAGUGAGGCUCUGUUCCAUCUGAACAAGGCCCGGCGGGACAACGAGUGGGGAGAUCAGGCUAUGGAGCUCAUGAUCCGCAUCUGUCUCAACCCAGACAACGAGGUCAUCGGAGGGGAGGUGUUUGAGACACCACAGGAGGAGUGGAGUAUGAGCCAGCUGGGCGGGGCUGAGCACAGGGAGCAGGUGGGCGUGGCCACGGCUCAGAACCUGGUGAAGGAGUUCCGCCCACGUCAUGGGUUAUCAGGAGGUCAGCGGUCAGACAGAAUCACCUUGCUGGUCAACCUCUGCCUCAUGGCCACCAGAGACCCCAAACACAUCCAGAGAGCCCUGCAGGCCUUCACUGAGCUGGCCUCUACUCAGGUGAACAAUGUUCCCUACUUGCUGGCGAUGGGCCAGGCCUUCAUGCUACUAAAACAAACUCCUCGGGCCAGGAACCAGCUCAAGAGGCUCACCAAGGUGGAGUGGAGCUGGGAGCUGUCAGAGGACCUGGAGACAGCCUGGUUGCUGCUGGCUGAUGUUUACAUCAAGUCUGGGAAGUAUGAUAUCGCCUGUGAUCUACUGCAACGUUGUAUUAAAUACAACCAGUCAUGCAGCAGAGCGUAUGAGUACAUGGGCUACAUCAGGGAGAAGGAACAUUCGUACCAUGAUGCAUCAGUGUUCUACGAUCAAGCCUGGCUCUACACUAACAGAGUCAACCCCAGCGUGGGUUUCAGACUGGCCUUCAACUACCUGAAGUUCAAGCAGUACAACGAGACCAUAGAGGUUUGUCACAAGGUCCUCACAGAGCACCCAGACUACCCUCUGAUACAGACAGAGAUCCUAGAGAGAGCCCGCGCUGCUCUCCGACCCUGAACCUCAGCCUGGGAUUAACCCUCCAUGUCUCUGACCACUAGUGACCUGAAAUGUAUCGACAUGGCAUAAUGCCCCCUGCUCCAAGGAACUAUGGGGGACUUUUGUCUUUAUCAAAUCAAGUGCUUUGUUCUAGAUAUACUGUUCUGCACUUGAGAUAAAUACCAAGCAGAC